AUGGUCAGUUGGCACCGGAGCCGAAGCCUGGAGGAUGAGUUUGACCUGUUCAGCGAAGUGAGCCUGGACUGGACCCCUUCUGAGCUCGCUGCCGAGGAGAGACGCUUUCUGGCCAGCGAUUCCAAUGAUGCACCUCCAGGUGACCUAGGACCUGUGACUGGGAGCCGUUGGCGUUGCAUAACGUGCCGAGCUGCUAGCUGGAUUUGGGAUAGCGAGGUUGGAUACGUAUGUCAAAACUGUGGUGGUUUGGAAUUCUUUGAUGUGAGCCAACCUACAAAGAUGGAAACCUCUACUGGUGUUUGGAUGUAUGUCCCUCAUAGCCCUUCCUCUGCAGCUGGAUCUCCAGAUGAGGAUUCGAAAAGGUGUCAAGGGUCCCUUAGCGAUUCCCCUGGCAGAUCCCCCAAAGAUGUUAGAAAUGACCAGCGGUUGUUUGGAGCCCCAAAGCCGUUCCCUGGUCCACCACCUAGUCAUGCUGACUCUGAGUGGGCUGAGAGUGAAACGGUGACUCACGACCCUGUCAUUGACCCUGGCGACUCGCUCUCUGGUGGUCGCCGGCGACGCCGCCGACGUGGUGGAUCUCGCAGCAGCGCUUCCGAGAUUGGACAACAUCAUGCAGACCUUCCAGAUGAUGCGGUUCCUUGCAACGACCCUUCUGAACGAGCCCAACACGCAACUCCGAGCAGUUCCAAUGAGAUGCUGAGCGUCAUGCGCCAAUUGCUGGAUGAGAAGAAGUACAAGCAUGGAAGUGAAGCUUCCUGGAACACACAACGUGGUCCCGCUCCAGGUGUACGUUGGCGUGGUGGAGCAGCUCCAGCACCUCCAAAAUGGACUUACCAACAGUCCGACCUUCGAGCCUUUUCCAAGUACGAGCGCAAGGUGCAGACUUGGGUGCUUCAAGCUAAGAACUAUAUGACUCAAGCUGAGAUGGCACUCACCUUGUACACCUCAUUGCAAGGUGAAGCUGAAGCCGAAGCCGAGCACCUUGACCUGAAGAAGAUCAACGAAAAGAAUGGCGUGGAGUACAUUUUGGAUGAACUCCGAGGCCCCUUGCAACAGAAAGUGCUUUUCCAGAAGCGCAAGCUCCUUGCAGACUUCGAGAAUGUGCGACGUCAUGGAGCUGAAUCAGUGCGGCAGUACGUCAACAGGUACCGCCGAAUUGAGAGAGACUUGCAAACCAUCGGGAUUCAGACAAGCAUGAUGUACGACAGUGAAUCCCGUGGCAAUCGCAUCCUUGAGCGCUGCGCUUUGGCCCCAGAUUUGCAACGUUUGGUGUUGAUUGGUGCUGGCAACUCCUUGGAGUACGAGAAGAUCACGGAGUCACUUUGCCUGCAGUUCCCUGACUUCAAGCCCAACCCUGUUGUUUGGCAGACUGGCGGAGGACCCCGUGGACAGCACUCAUCAGCAUCAACAACUGGAUCUGGCAGCUCUUCAUCCGGAUCUUUCAGAACCUCUUCAGCUUCGAGCAAAGGCAAGCCUAGCAGUGGGAAUUCGUCCAAGCCGUUUUCUCAUGGCAAAGGUCAUGCUGGCAAAGGUCCACUUCGAAAUGUUUUCCAAACGGAAACUGCAGAAGCCGAGGCAGAUGAGGUAGAUGGAGAUGAAGAUGAUGAGUAUCAAGACGCCGAAGAUGGCGAUGCAGUGCUUGAUACAAUCCCAGAGGGAGACCCAGAGCAAGAUGAAGAAGGAGAUGAUGAUACUCCUGCACUUGACCCUGAGGCACUUGCAGAGAUGGCACACGUGCUGACAGUCACCAGCAAGAAGUUGCAAGCUUCAGUGUUGGGAAGGAAAUUUACUGGAAGACGCUCCAUUGAGGAGAGAAAGAAGAACAGCACGUGUUCAGCUUGCGGCCAAUUGGGCCAUUGGGCAGGUGACUCUAUCUGCUCAGUUUCAUCGCAGAAGCGAGAUGGCGGUGGAAAAGGUGCCCGUGGUUCAGGUACUUCAUCUAGCAACAACUUCAAUUCCGGUCACAAGGGAGUCAAGAAAGCCUAUGUGGUUGGAAUUCAGGAAGAUCAGCAGCAACAUGAUGAACAAGAUCAUCUAGCACCCGAGAAAGCCUCCACCUAUUUUUCUUUUACUGCAAUGCAAGCGUUUGGGACAGAAACUUCAACAUCAUGGGUGGCAGAAACCAUUGACCUCGGGGGCUACAUGGUUUUAGAUACUGCAUGUCAGCGUUCAUGUUGUGGUGAAAUUUGGUUGAACACCCACUCCAACAUCCUGCAUCGACAUGGUCUUCGUGUCAAAAAGUUUGACUGCGUGGAUCACUUUCAGUUCGGCUCAGGCAAGCCAGUGGCAGCUGCGGAAAGAGCCUACAUUCCAGCGCAGUUUCAAGGCCAGGAAUCUCAGGGUGUUCUUUUGGGAGCCAGCAUCCUCAAAUCCAACAUUCCUUUUUUGGCAAGUCGCACUUUGCUUUCAAGAUUGGGUUGCGUGAUUGACAUGUUUAGCGGCACCAUCACCUUCACCAAUUUGGGAGUAGUUUUGCCUUUGACCAUCAAACAUGGACAUCUUGCAGUGAGUAUUGUGAAGUUUUCAGAUGAUGCAGCACAACAUGCAUGCUGGGCACAACUUUCAAAACCACAUCUUUGGCAUGAUCCUGACCCAGAGCUUGUUUGUGCACCCGGAGCUCUCAACAAGGGCUCAAUUCGUGACCUACCGCCCCAGCAACUUUUGCGACCUGAUGUUUCGGCACCAGACAUGUCCCACAUGGCUGAAGCGCUGGGAGCGGAUCUACAUCCUCCUGCUGACUGUGGAGCUCAGGACGUACCAUAUGAUGGCGACCUUGGUGCGCAUGGGACUUGCCACACGUCAGUGGCUGAGCCUUCCAGAGCAUGUGGAAGAGAUGGAGCGCCAGAAGAAGCAGCUGGUGCCGGUGAGCAGCAUGUGCAACCCGGCAACUUGCAUGCACCCAGACUUCAAGAGGUACGGCAACGUCCACGGAAGUUUCAGCCAAUGCAAGAGAUGUCGGCAGGUGUUCAAAUGGGAUCCACUCCAAGAAGGUUGGCGACCCCAUGGCGAUCCGCGGUCGCGAGCUUCUUCGCACUUGCCACCGCCCUCAUCUUCCAACAUCCUGACCACCACCACGGGCAUGACGAAAGGCAAGGGCAAGGGCAAGACUUCUUCUACGAGAACUACGGCAUCGAAAGCCCGUGCCAAGGCCAGACCGGUCAUCUUGCCGAUCACCGACCCCGACAUGACCUUGGUGGAGGAGACCUGGGACCCAGCAGCCUACCCACCGGAGUCGGACGGAGGGGAGGAUGGUUACCCAAGCUGGGAGAUGGAUUGGGAUGCGGGGGAGAUGGAGGCACAGAACCUUCGCUGAACGAUGAGUGGGUGGUAGGGAAAACAACUGUGAUGCGGAUCCACAACAUUCCCAGAAAGCAGUUGUUCUAUGCGGAUGAGUUUUACAAAGGUGACCCAUGUCCAGUGCAUAUGAAACAACUUGGGCCGGAGUGCACUGUUGUUAUGCAAUAUGAAGAUGGCAGGACCCAGUCAGUCACAUAUGAAUGGGACGGGCCCGGGGCAUCUGAAAUGAAGCACUUUUGGACUGGGACAUCAACCUUCAGACUGAAGCCGAUGCCAAGCAGAACUCUGAUGACUCAUGCAGACCGCAAGAGCAUGCGACACUCUGUACGACAAGCAGUGCAUGUGUUUGAAGUUGAGCAUCAGAUCCUGCAGAAUGGCACUACCUCAACCUCACCUUUGACUUCCUUGCGUAUGAGGCCACGCAUCGACCUGCUUGAGACUUUUGCUGGUCAAGCCGGAAUUUCAAGACGUGCAGCGCGUUUCGGCUUGAAGUCUAUGGAGCCCAUUGACUACAACACCGGAUAUGACCUUGAAAGACCUCAACACCAACGACAUGUAGACCAUCUGAUCGACAGCUACAAGCCUUUGUUCCUUCUCCAAGGCCUAGAAUGCAAAGACUGGUGUCUUCUGCAAGACAACGUGAACUACGUGCGGCGGAAGAUCAUCCUUUUGAUGAGAAGGGCAAGAGCACGAAAGUUGCUGCGAAAAGUGGUGGACUGGUGUUGCAAGCAGGCAGAAGCUGGCCGCCAUUUCCUUUUGGAGAACCCAGUGACAAGCCGGUUGUGGCUUGAACCUCUGAUUUUACGACUUCUUCGACUACCAGGUGUCUACGCUGUGGUGUGCCACUCAGGUGCCUACGGGGCAACAAACUCCAAAGGCGACAUGAUCAAGAAAGGCUUCAAGUUCUUGGGCAACUGUCCAUUGGUCUUAGACCGACUGACCCGGAAGCUUGAUCCACAUCAACUUCGACAGUGCGUGCCUUUGGAGGGGAAGGAGACAACUUUGUCACAACACUACCCCGACAACAUGAUCCGUGAGAUCUUGAUUGGCAUCAAGCAGACAGCAGCCCAGCAUGACCCUGAACGUUUUUUUGGACAUCAACACAAAUCCAACUUCCAGGUGAUGGCCGUCACAACUGAACCUUCAGAUUGGGCCCCAGUGUUUGAGUCAGCCAGGAAGACCUUCGACACAAUACGUCAGAAGACCCACCUUCUGGCUACAUCAGACCCUGCCUGGAAGACCAUUCAACAACUUGUUCAAUGGCAUCAACUUGACAGAGUGCAGAUGGCAGCUCAACCAACUUUACUGCGAAUGCCUGUGCAUAUACCACAUACCCACCGUGGAUGGGCACUUCUCUACAACGACAACACUGUUGAGAUUGUGGAAGAGGACCUGGCAGAAGUGAGACAUCCAAGGGCCAAGUUCAGAAAGCCAGUCAACAUUGGCAUCUUUUUCUUUGGCCAUGCGCAACCACCUGUCCAGCAACCUCCAUCAUCACAACCUUCUUCAGUGCAACUGCCUUUAGAACCACGAGAAGAUGACCCACAGGUGAUAGUUGCUUCCAAUGUGCAAGGCAUCACUUUUCCAAAGAUGCCUGGACUUCCACGAGAUGUCAAGACUGCACUGGCCAGGCUUCAUCGAGACCUUGGUCACCCACAUGCCAACGAGUUGAAGAAGAUGAUUGCCAUGAAUGGCAUCAAGGACCAAAAGAUCUACGACGCCAUUGAAGGACUCCACUGUGACUCUUGCGUGCGAGUCAAAGGGCCUGGUCGUCCCGAACCUUCUGGAGUUCCACAUGAGGUGAACUGGCAAUUUGGUGACAUUCUGCAAAUUGACAUCUUCUACACCAGAGAUAUCAGAGCAGCAAACUACAUCUUUUUGGGCAUCAUUGACGAGUGCACUCACCUCCACAUGGCACUACGACUCAACGAUCGCAGCCCUGAAGAAGUCACCCACCAGUUCACAACCUUUUGGGCGAGAGCUUUUGGAUUUCCUUUGAAGAUCAAAGCUGAUCCUGAUGGGAGCUUCCGAGGCUCAUUUGAGUCUUCUAUGGAUGAAGCUGGCGUCUACAUGGACUACAUCCCAGCUGAAGCUCACCAUCGCAUUGGGCUCAUCGAGAGGCACAACGCGACCUUGCGUGAGCUGAUGGAACGCACCAUAGACUCACGAGCUGUUGUUGGAGACUAUGACAUGGAGCAAGCAGCAGUUGCAGCAUGCUUUGCAAAGAACUCCACAACAUGGUCGUCGGGCAGACCUCCUUUCAUAGCAGCUUUUGGAAGAAUCCCACGAAUGGGGAUGAACCUUCUUUCUGACAAGCAUGGCUUGGUUGCUGGGAGGACCCGUGAACAAGCUCAACGUGAAGCUGACUAUCUCAGAGUUGAAGCUCAACAACAUUUGGCCGCAAUGAGCGUUGACAGCAGUCUGAGGAGAGCACUGCUGCGAAAAUCAACUACAACUGGACCUCAAGAAUUACCAGUGGGAUCCAUAGCAGCCUACUGGAGAUGGACCAUGCGCUCCGGCAAGAAGCGCGGAGGUUUCAAGUUGGCCAGAGUGUUGGGUAGAGACCCUGAUGGAAAAUCUAUUUGGUUGCAAGCCGGCACGAACACCAUCAAGGCCGCCGAGCACCAGAUCAGAGCAGCUGUCGGCAUUGAGCAAUGGUGCCCUAGCCCUGAAGAUGUGAAAAGCCUCCGAUCUGCAGUUGACAACAUGCAACAUGGCAUCCUUACAGAUGAGACCUUGCCUGAACAUGCAGAUCAACAACUACCUGGCUUUGACGAAGUUCAACCCGCAGUGCAGGUUCCACCACCACUCCAUGAGGAACCUGAGAUGUUUGAAGAAGCUGGUGCUCACCUGAUACCAGUUCCUUCAACGCCAAGACCUGCUGCAUCAACACCUCACCUUCCUGACUUGCAAGCUGAGGAAGCAGUGCAGACAGAUCCAUACCCAGAGACCAACAUCCAUAUGAAUGUGAGCUCACCAACAUACCGACAGACCAUCAUUCAGAACCAGACCUUCGGCAUGAAUGAGCAACAACAGGCACAGCCAUCUGUGAAUGUGCCAGUGCGGAAGCCUCACAGAGCAAGAUCCAAGACUCCAGUCCGACGGACUUUGCAAGAUCAACUUGGUGAACGGCCUCGAGCCGCAAGACAACUUCCACUGACAGAUGGACCUGUUUCAGAGCGACAACAUGGACCUCCUUCAGUGCAACAGCCUUUAGGACCUUUUCCAGUGCAAUCGCAUGAACCUGAUUCAGUGCCACAGUCAGUAGGUAAACCUUUUUUAGCACAACCUAAUGCAAGAUCAACUGGAGAUGAAACACCACCUCUACGAGGGCUUCCAACAUCAACACCCACCGAUGUGAUUGAAGUUUUGGAUGAUGAUGAUGAUGAAAACGUGGCUGCGCAGCCUUCCACAGCACAGCCCUCUUCUUCUCAUGCCUUGGCACCAGACUCCCAGGGCAUUGCAGCAGACGUUGCAAACCAGGCGCCGUCAACACCAGAAGCUCUGAAGUUGACACCAGCGAAACGCACCUUUGGCGAGACAGAGGAGCAUUUUGGAGUUUCACUUUUACGACCAGUUCAACAUGAACAGUCAAAGAAUUCAUUCCCAACAGUGGAUCACUGCUACAAUUUUGACAUCAACGACGUUGAUGGCCUCCAUUUGAUGAGCGAUGGUUUUGAUGGAUCACCAGAUGUCUAUAUGCCCUAUGCCAACCGCACCUUCAUGAAUGCCUACCGCAAGGACAAAGACUAUGUUGGCAAUGGCGACAGUGAUGACUCAGAUGCGGAUGUAGAUGACUACCGCGGUGAGACGGGCAACAUUCCACCAACACUGACCCGUCAGGAAAAGAAAGCAUUGGACAAGGAGAUCCCAUGGCAGACCAUCAUGAACAUGGAGGAGGAAACAAUCAAAGCUUAUGUGGACGCUGCAGUAGCUGAGGAGACUUCAUGGAACACCUUCAACUCAGUGAAGCCAGUGCCCAUUGAGAAAGCCAGAGCGAUUUUGAGAGACAAGAUUGCAAGAAAGAGAGUGCUGCGAUCACGAGCAGCUUUCCGCGACAAGUCCCGCGGGAUUGGCCCCUUGAAAGCCAAAUGCCGCAUCGUUGCGGUUGGAUGCACAGAUCCAGACCUAUGGAUUUUGCAGAGAGAAUCAGCAACUCCGACCAGACAGUCAGAGUUCCUUGUCUAUGCCAUUUUCAUUGCCGGCAAGAAUGGGAAGUUUUUGGGAUGCGCAUUGGCGAGAUGGACUUUGUGGGCAGGCGAUGUCAAAACGGCCUUCCUUCAAGGUGAACCCGAAGAAAGAGCACAGCCCCUUUACCUUCUGCCUCCUAGCGAUGGAAUAUGCCAACGAGCUGGCAUCUUCAAAUCAUCCAUGCUGUAUGAGGUGACUGGAAAUGUGUAUGGGUUAGCCAAUGCACCGAGAACGUGGCAGCUACACGUCAUCAAGCUGCUAACCAAAGCUGGCUAUGUGCAAAGCUCCAUGGAUAAGAUGCUGUUUUUCUACCACCAGAAGUUUGAGAAUGAGGCUCAACCUGUUCUAUGUGCACUUGCUAUAGUAUAUGUAGAUGACUUCCUUCUUUGCCACGACACCCGAUAUGAUCGUCAACAUCUUUUGGGCCUGUUUAAGUGGGGAAGUCAAAACGAAUUGAGCCUUGAAAACAGCCUGGACUUCAAGGGCAAAAGGAUCUCCCUGGAGUAUGACGCCAAAUCCAGUGAGUAUAUCCUCAAGCUCGACCAGGAGAAGUUCAUCUCAGACAUGAAAGGUGGAAAAGUUUCCAGGAAACGCUUCAAGGAAACCCUGGACAAGAAAGACCUUGGAGAAUUCCGAAGUGUGUCUGGAUGUUUGCAGUGGCUUGCAGGUCAAACCAGACCUGAUGUUGCAGCAGUUGUGAGCCUUUGCAGUAAGGGAGAGAAAUCCACCUACGAGGAUCUUCACAACAUGUACUGCGCCGUUCAGCACCUGCACCAGACCAAAACAAAAGGACUUGUACUGCGACCAGUACCCAUCAACUACAGCACGAUGCUGGUGACCUUUGCAGAUUCAUCAUGGGCGAACUCUGUAAAUCAUUCCUCUCAACAUGGUUGCAUCACGAUGCUGGCAGACCCUAAGGUGACAGACGUCAUUGGAGCUGGUUUAAUUUUGGAUUGGAAAUCUUCGCGAUCCACGCGAGUGUGCCGAAGUACUUUGGCGGCAGAGGCAUCUGCAUGCGACAUGUCCGUGGACCGAUCUUCACUCCUGAACUAUCAGCUGAGCGAAUUGCUUCUGAACCGGCCUGCGUUUCACAUAGCAUCCAGUGAACUUUUGAGAAUGAUUCAGGUGACAGAUUGUAGGUCAUUGUACGACGUGCUGGUCAGCGAAAACCCUCGAACAGAGGACAAAAGAACGAUCGUAACAAUACGAUCGGCACAACAGUUUCUCAGUCGCCAGAACGUUUUUUGGGUUCCAACGGCCCUUAUGUUUGCAGAUGGACUCACAAAAGUGAGCAUGCAAUUGAUGCUGGACUUCUUCGAAUGGCUCCAGAGCCUUCUGAUGCUCUUGGGCCCGACGUUGUCCAUGGCUCCUAUGAUGAUGGAUGAUGGUACGGAAGCUGAACGCUGGAGUGCCCAGGAUGACCAGUUCGAUGAGGAGUACUGGGGUUGCCGAAGCUGCCGUGGGAAGAAGGUGUAUUUGCACAAAUCUUUGGAACAGCUGAUCCUCUUGGACUACCAGUCGAAAAUGAUAGCACACCUUUACCUGCCUUUCCAGUCUUCAAGUGCGGCGCAGAGCUACCGCCUUCCCAUGUUUGCAAAACAUGUCAAAGCCCUUUGUGACACUGACUACAGGCAAGCCUUGGAUCUCAAAUGGGCGAGGGCUUUGGCGUGUUGGCUCACCAUUCUGGAGAGCAGCGGCUUCGAAUCCAAUGCAGGAACGUAUGUCUUGGGGAAACUUUCAGAUCAGGAUCGUGAAGGGUCUCUGACCUACAUCAGAGAUGCAUGUGGAGUCCGGUCUCCAGCCACUGUCCUGAAACGCAGAGUGCUGAGAGUCCUGGCAACGAGGGAACCAACUCAGCAAGCUAGAGCACUCACCAUGGAAGAGGUGCGAAAGUUGGAGGUGGUCAGACCUUUCUCCGAUGCAGAGUUUGGCUUCGACAUCAUGGAGACGGACGACGGCCCCUUUGGCUUUGUAGAGGGUAGGAGAGGCCACGAGUUCACACAGUUUGAAGGCUACGACUUUGGUAUGGUUUGCCAGGAGCAGCAUGCAGAGGCUGGCUUUGAGAUCUUCGAAGAGGGCCAGGUUGUCUAUGCCAACGAGCUGCUGGAGAGCCCCAGCUCAGACCCAGAAGAGAGCGAAUGCGCAACAGAGGAUCUCAAGAACAAGUUGCAGCCGGUCACAGAAUCCUACGGUGCAGCAUUCGAAUGGAGAGGGUGCAGUCGACAGCAAACGAGCAGACGUGUGCUCCGAGACAAAGAGCCAGUCUGUCGGAAGACCGAACAUGUGGUAAUUGGUCGUGCAUUGUGUCUUGGUAUCUUUGAGAAGGCAGCCAUCCGGCAGCUGCUGACUGACGCAGCCCCGAGAAGGCUCAACACUGUCGGAGAUGUGGCGACCAUGAGGUUGUCCGGGCUGACGCACGAGGGUCCUCUUGAGGUGGCUCCCUGCGUUUAUGACACCGUGAGUGGCAUGAUGCAGGCUGAUUCCCUGAAGUAUUUGAAUCCAGCCAAGUGCAUACCCAGGCAGCCAGCGCCGCCAGGGUUCAAGCAGCCCAAUAUCACUCAGCUGAUGUGUGCAGACCGGCAAGCCUUUGUGAGGAUGCAGGCUGCUCCACCUCAACCCAAAGCAACGGCCAAGCCAGAGCCCAAGAAGGAAUGGACUGCGCGGGAAUGCGGCGGCAAAGCCACUUACCGCGCCAGCAACAAGGUGUGGAAGAAAUUAGAUGCACGAGCCAACCUGCUGAUGAAGCUCUGCCGAUGGAUGUAUCACCAGAAACCCGUGACGGAGAUGGAAGCCAACUUGCACCCGCUGUGGAACAUCAUCUGCCGCAACAACAUUCACGACCUCGUGAUGGGAGUGCGCCAUUUGCCAUUGAAUUCUGUUCCGGCACAGGAGUUGGUGCACGACUUCAUCAAGCCAGAGUACAUUCAACCUCGAACAGCACUCCCAGCUCACCCAGACAAGCGAGCUAGAGCCUUGGCGUACAACCAGACCAAGAAGUCUUUAGCCUUCAUACCAGAGUGGAGCCACGUUGUGGUCAACAUCAUUUCCAAGGCUCCACCUUUGAAUGUUGGCGCCAAACUCAAAGAUGAUGUAGUCAUCGACGGAGCCUCCUUCCCUGCUAAUGGUCGCGUUUUGCGCAUUACGCAGAAAGCGAUUGACAAGAAGGGGGAGGAGAGCCAACUGUGGGAAAUUGCAAUUGAUGGAGUGAAAGAAGCCAUCCAAGAAAAUGUCACAAAAGUUCCAGCAGCAAUAGCAAGAGAUAGAGCCGCUUUCUUGAAGAAGUGGACAACCAGAGCUAUGCAACUGGAAGCCGAAGAAAAGAAACUUCAUGAAAGCUUUCCAAAACAUAGGCAAAAGAUUCCCAAAGGGAAAAGGUUGCUGGUUUUGAAAGAGAUGUUGGCCCAGAUGCAGUUCCCUCACCAGACCAUCGUGGAGGAUACCAUAAACGGCUUUGACUUAGUUGGGACUUCAGGUGCAGAGGGUCUCCUUCCUCAUGAUUUCCAGCCUGCCACUUUGUCCAUCGCUGAUUUGGAAGAGCAGGCGCACAAGAGCAACAAGGCGAUCAUGAACUCCUGCAAGUCAAGUGGAACUGCCACUGUAGAUUCCGAGCUUUGGCAAGAGACCUUGGAAGAAGCAGCCAGGGGCUGGUUGGAGCCAUUAGAAAAAGAUGGAGGACCCGUCUCGCGAACGUUUGCUGUUGUCCAGUCGGAGAAGGCGCGGCCGAUUGACAACUACAGCGAGUCUCAGGUCAACAGUGGAGUGACCAUUGCAAACAAGUUUACUGUGGAUAGGGUCGGCACGAUCGCAGCCAUUGUCUGUGAGUUCAUGAAGGGGCUGCGGAAGGCAAAGAAAAGCAGUCGCCUCGUGGGACGUAGCUUCGACCUCAAAGUGCUUAUCGCCAACUUGCUGUGUCAGAUGCUCCAGUGGAUCUGUCUCAAGGUUAGCGUUGUCCUCACAUGCUACUUUGAUGAUUUCGUAUGCAUGUCGAGCCCGAUCCUUGCGAAAAGUGCUGAGUUGAACUUCGAGACCCUUCUCGACAUCCUGGGGGGGAAGUUUGAAAAAAUUGGUGAGAAGGCCUCAGAGAUGGGUGCCAUAGUUUCAGCCCUUGGCGUCGUUUUCAGCUUCGAGAAGACCUCUGAUGGCCUCCUGGAAGUUCAAAAGAUCGCCAAGACGCUGGAUGAAGGGACAUUGACAGCGACGGCUACACCGUCACUCAAAGGCCGGCUGGGGUUUGCUGAGGAUCAACUCUUUGGCCGCUCAACAAGGCGGUUGAUCAACGAGCUGGGCGUCCAUGCGGUGCGACCUCCAAAGCAGAACAAAGUGUUGGAGCACACGGAAAGGGCCCUGGAAGCGGUAGCCGCUCAGAUGCUACACUCCCCGCCCAGACUUGUAGACGCCAACGCUGACGAAGUGCUUUGCAUCUUCACGGAUGCCAGCUUUUGUCGUUCGUUCAUGGAUGAGGAUCAGGAGCAGGCAAUCGAGGAACUCGAAGCCUUUGCGGUGCUGGUGGCAUUCCAUCUCUGGGGGAAGAAGCUGGCGAAAAAAGCACGUGGUCAUCUUUCUAGACAACGCUGGGUCACCGUUUUCAGUUGGCCGAAUUUCGCCCGCCCACCACCCAUAGCCAACAAGAUUCGUCCAGACAAAGUCGCAUUUCUGGCCGAGCUCCAAAGAUACCAGAAUGGCGUGCUGCUCCGUGAAAUGACGGCCAAUUCCAUCAAUACCUUGGAUGAAGUCACCGACAAGCUUGAAGAGAGCAACUACCAGCAUGGGCCUCACUAUCAGCAACUUCUUCAAGCACGAGCAGUACUUCAUGCCUUCAUCAUCUUCACAGAAGACAUCAUCA